AUGCAGCAACUCACCCCACCCCCGGAGGACGGGCCUGAGCAGCCUUUGAUGUGUACGCCUCGAGACUGUCAAGACUGGACACUUGACCUGCCGCAAACCGACCAUGUCCGCUUCUUCCGUGCGACCAAUUGGGCCCGCACCAGACUGGGACCUGUGGAAUGCUGGAGUCCAAGUCUACGCCUCUUCACAGGCUUCGUGCUGGCAGACUCGAACCCAGUCUGCCUUUGGUGGGGUCCGGUAGAGGAACUCACCGCCAUCUACAAUGAGCAUUAUGCCGCCCUGGCUGGACCACUUCACCCGAGGCUCAUGGGUGCCACCUUCAAAGAAGGCUAUCCCGAACUCUGGGACUCGAUCAGCGUCUACUUUACAACCGCAAAGAAGACUGGACUAGGCCAAAGCUAUCCAUCAGCCGUCUCGACCAUUGUGGAGCGCAAGGGAUGGCGAGAGGAGGCGUUCUUUUCUGGUAGCUUCGUGCCUGUCGGAUGCUCUCCCGAAGCAGAGGGCUUCAUCAACACCACUUAUGAAGUCACCGCCCAGGCACUCUCCGAACGACGAAGCUCGAUGCUAAACCUGCUUGGCUCAGUCUCCGCGAAAGAUGUCGGAACUGUCUACUCUCAUAUCCUCAAAACACUUGCAACGAAUCCAAAGGAUGUUCCCUUGGCCAUGCUCUAUCGGCUGCAGGAAGUUGAGAAUUCGAACAUUUUGAGGUUGCAUGGACAGAUUGGACUUCCGGACGGACAUGGACUCAAGAUCCAAAGCGCGACCAUCGACAGCGAAGAAGGACUGAUCCCCGACUUGCGACGAGCUGGUUCUGAUGUCGCCAUCAUUGACUAUGACGAGCGAUUCGACGGUGUCUCGUGGAAGGGUUGGGGAGAGCCUUCGCAGAAAAUAGUCAUUGUACCCAUCAUAUGCGCAUCCCGUCUGUUUGGCUAUCUUGUUGUCGGGACAAAUCCAUUUCGGCCCCAGGAUGAGUUCAGUGGCCAGCUCAUCCGAGAUCUUGGUCGUAUGGUAUCGAGCAUUGUGUCCUCUGCGAACGAUUCAGAAUUGAGCAAGAAGCGCCAGGAACAACUAGAAGCGGAUCUCGCUUUUAGCGAUCUCAAACUGCGGCAUCUCAUCGACCACGCAUCCGUGGGCAUGUGUCAUGUCUCUCGGGACGGUUGCUUGCUCUGGGCGAACGAUCAUUAUUACAAACUAGCCGGACAAAGCGCAAAUAAUCACGACACUGGCGAUUGGGACUUUCUCGACAUGUUCCACGAGGAAGAUCGCAGCAAAGCAGAAGCUAUUUGGGAGGACCUCGUCAAAGGUGCAGACCACGUUACGGCCGAAAUGCGCAUAAAGCGAAUGUAUAGUCCACCGUCUGGUGACCCAGAACCAGCUCAAUUGCAAGUUCUAGCUUUCCCGUAUCGCGACGAAACUGGCUGUGUAAGAUCAGUCAUGGCGUGCACGACGGACAUUAGCCGCCUGAAGUGGGCGCAGACAUUCCAAGCUCGACUAGCCGCAGAGGCAAGAGAAGCGAAACGCCAGCAGGAGGCCUUUAUUGAUGUCGUGUCCCACGAGAUGCGAAAUCCGCUCAGCGCAAUCGUGCAUUGUGCGGAUGCUAUCACCAUUGCCGUGCAGGAAUGCCAGACUCAGCUUGCAAAUAUUCCAGAAUCGUGCGUGGAGGCACUCGACGAAAGCCUGCAAAGCGCGAAGAUUAUCCUACAAUGUGCUCACCACCAAAAGCGUAUCAUCGAUGAUGUCCUCACGCUGAGCAAGCUGGAUUCAAUGCUCUUAUCGAUAACACCCGUCGCAGUCAAGCCAGCCAAGUUGAUAGACUCCAUUGUCAACAUGUUUGAGGCUGAACUCAAAUCUAACCAAAUCACCUACAAUGUCAAUCCUGACCCAUCACUCUCGAAUCUGGACAUUGACUAUCUUUGCUUCGAUCCUUCGCGCGUCACCCAAGUCUUUAUCAAUCUCCUCACCAACGCUAUCAAAUUCGUUACACCUGCAAAGGAACCACAAAUCUCAAUACGAUUCGGUGCUUGCCUUGACAAUCCACGGUCUUUGUUCCCGGAGAAUAUGUUCUGGGCAACAGACCGUAGAUCAUACAACGAUCCGACGAGUAGUCCAGAGUGGGGAGCUGGCGAGGAAGUUUAUCUGACAUUCAGCGUCAAGGAUUCUGGCAUCGGCCUGAAACAAAAAGAAAUCCACAAGAUCUUUGAGCGAUUCCGGCAGGCGAGCGUCAAGACACAUGUACAAUAUGGUGGUAGCGGCCUUGGUUUGUUCAUUUCAAAAGAACUCACAGAGAAGCAAGGUGGCGAGAUUGGUGUGUCUUCCGUCUUCGGCCAGGGCUCGACAUUUGGAUUUUACGUCAAGACACGCCGAGCCAAAAGACAGCCGCAAAUCUUGAAUGGCGGUUGCAACUCGGAUGGAUCUGAAACAGCAGCUGGACCGCUCCACGUUCUAUUGGUGGAGGACAACUUGAUCAACCAGAAGGUUUUGGGCAAACAACUGAAGAAAGCAGGCCUGGAAGUGGAAGUGGCAAAUCAUGGCUUGGAAGCUCUGGACACCCUAGCAAAACAGUCAUUUGAUGUAGUGCUCAUGGAUCUGGAGAUGCCAGUGCUUGAUGGACUUGGUGCAAUGCGCCAGAUCCGCAAUAGAGAACUUCUCGGAGAGGGUCUAGCGAAGAUGAAAGGAUCAAGCCAGACAGGGGGUGAACGGCUGCCAAUCAUUGCUGUGACUGCGAAUGUUCGAAAAGAGCAGAUUGAUACUGCUAUCGCGGCUGGUGCAGAUCGCGUUAUGCAAAAGCCCUUCAAGGCCGCAGAUCUUGUCUACAUGAUGAAGACAUUGCUCCCAUUGAAAGACCAAGUUUCCGAAGAAUCUCCGCCGCAGAAGGGUUCACAAGCAACAUUAGUUGACCGGACAAAGCAGAAGAUUUCAUGA